AUGCAGUUGAAACAUCGGCUGAUCGCUGGCAUUAAAAAUACUGUUUUGAAAAAUGGACUUCUAAAGCUAUCCAAUCCGACGUUCAAAGAUGUGCGGGCCCAUUGUGAACAAUAUCAGGACGUUCGCGCCGCAACUUCAUCCAUGCCGUCGACUAUCGAAUCUACAGCCAUGUUCAAUUCACUCAAAACCAAAUCCACGAAAGUUCAUACCACAGCCGGACGUUUCAAACCAGUUACACAAUCUACCUCAGACAAUGUAACAUAUUCGGAUAAAUCCUAUGGCAAUUGUGCAUCCUGUGGCAAACGUCAUUCCAGAUUCACAUGUCGAUUUCGUUAUGCUUCAUGUCACAAGUGUGGCAAAACCGGCCAUUUUCAGUCUGUGUCGCAGUACCAACUUGUCGCUUAA